AUGGCGACAGCAGGCUGGUGCCAGCUGGGAGCCUUGCCGACCCUGCCCUGGGGUCUGACAGUGUCAAUAAAGUGCUGUCCAGUCACCUCUUCAGCCUGCCAGGAGCCUGAGGACUGGUGGGAGGGCCCUGCAGCUGCCUUACCUUGCUGGAGUGACUACCUGAUUAUCAAAACUGUACCAGUCCCUGGUACUCCCAGACCUGCAGCUGUGGCCCCAGGCAGGUGUUUGAGGCCCUGCACCGCCCAGGGCUGCACCCUGGGCCUCAUCAGCAGCCUGCCGGACUGUGGUGGCCUUGUGGGUAGUGUGGGCUAUGUUGGUGGUGUCCUCCCUCUACCAGUGGGGCUGAUGGGCCCUGUGCCUGAGGCAAUACUGGGUGAGCUCUCAGCUGGGGGACAGGUGUGGGGUCGACUCCCCGAUGCUGCAUAUGGACCUGUGCAUCUCCCCACCCCUUGGCCAAUGGAGCCCAAGAACAAGCUGUUGCUGCCAGAUAAGGAGGCAAAGCCCGUUCCACUGCCCACCCCAGGCUGCCUGGGAGGCCACCUUCCGUCCUUCCAUCAGGCCAAGUGGAAAACCCUGAGGCCGUGGGAUAGGCUCCCAUUGCCCAUGCCUACAUGGGAGGGUUCAGGCUCUGAUAAAAGACAGUGUGCCCACCCUGUGUCCUCAUCCCUGAGUGCAGACACCUUGGGAAGGGGGUUCCUUGUAGUCCUUGGGUGCCCACCCCUGGUCCCUCAAUAAAGAACUACGAGCAAAUGCUGGUCCUGCAGAGCUGGGUGUGCACAGGGCCCUGCAAGCAUCUGCCUUCCCCCAGGAGGCCACUGCAGCCCAGCCCUUCUGUGCCCUGGGCCCCUCCUCACUGGACCCCCACCCACCACACCACUCUGGGACAGAGGAACCACAUGGGAGGCCAUAGCAUAGAGCCUGUCUGUUUAUAGAUCUCUGCCUGUCUCGUCCGUCUGUCUGUCCACCUGUGUGUAUAUAUCUGUAUAUCUCUAUGGAACAGGGAACAGGAUAGUUGUGUAAAAAUCCAAAAUACAAUUCUGACUAUGAACAA